AUGAAGCCAAGUCCAUUUGAUAUGGGCUAUGCCCGACCUCUCGAAUUCACUCUCUCAGUCGUUGUGAGAACCAGCCCAAGCCCGCUCGACUUUCAAUUCGCCGCCGAUACCCUUCUCUCGCAAUGGCCUGUUCUGAACCUGCGAAUGAACCCGUUGAAGACAAAAUUCUUGCAUCCAAAAGACCCCGGGGAUCUGACUGAGGUGUGGGAAGGGAAAACAGUCAAUCAAAGACUCAGCGAGAUUAUCCGAGUUCCCUCCAAGCCGGACUCUCCACGACUGGUUGACUCUGAGGCACUCGAUAAUGUGUUAGACUUUGGCUAUGGAUUCUUGCAUGCAUGGAAGCAGCGAGUCUUCUCUAUACGAACGGUAUUUUUGAACGAUGCCUGCAUAAUAGGGUUCAAGUUUCUACAGCCCCUUUGCGAUGCAAAUGGUGCCCAUCGCAUAGUUCAGGCUUAUUGUACCCUUUUAAGGGGAGAGAGCAUUAGCCACGCCCUCCAUGCCCGACCAGAAUUGUCACUCAAAUCCAAAGUACUUGAAAAAUGCACUGAGAUGAUUCAGUCUCAUCAGAUCGCAGAUCUGCACAAAUAUUCAAUGCAUCGCACUUGGGCAGCCGGAAUCGGUGCUCUGGGGAAGCAGAUCGGGCGGGACAUGUGCUACCCUUCUGCAAGACGGAUCAGCAAGAGCUUGUUGAUCCCCCGAGGGAAAAUCCGAAGCUGGCUAAAAGAGGCUAAAAUUAAAAAGGUCAAAGUAACCGAGCAUGAUCUCUUGUUAGCUUUUCUCUACAAGGCUUGUUUACAUCCACCUACUCCCCACAGCUUCGGGCUAGUCAUCGACAUCUCAAAACAGCUCCAGUCCGAGACAAACCUCUCCAACCCCUGGUACAUGAUGCCGCUACCAGAUCCAAUGCCGACAAGCGAAUAUACCACUCCUUCAUUGGUCCGACUGGCAACAUACAUCCGUCGUGCAGUUGACGAGGCCAAGCAGCCCGAAUGCAUUGGAGAAAUCGUUGGGCAGCAUAAGAAGUUGAAGAAAAGUCCCAUGGUGCCGAAAUCAUAUGGCCAUAGAGCAGCUCAACCGCGCAUCGCUUCUUGGAAAAACCUGCCGCUUUAUGAUCUCGAUAUCCAAGGCGAAACGCCAAUUUUUGUACAGGGCAGUGUUGACUACUGUGGACUUUUGCGCGAGACUAAAAAUCACUUGGAUGAUUUGUUGGUGACAUGGAAGACGCGGGACCGGGAUGGGGAGGACGGUGGUUAUUGGGUUCAUGGGAGACUGCCUGAAGCUGUUUGGAGGUGCAUGGUGGAUAGUUUGAAACGCCGAGAUUGA